AUGUCCUACAACGAUUUUACAAAGUUUUUGGAUGCUUCACCAACUCCAUAUCAUGGUAAGGGUUUAUAUUUUGUUGUUUCUUGGUUUAGGGAUCUUCACCAUGGCUGAGGUAACCGCAUUUAUAAAGGAAAUUUUAAACGUUUGGCUUGUUUUUUUGUUUUGAAAGUUUAAAGACAGUAAAUACGAUGUCUAUGGUGUGGUAAUAUAAAGGGAUUGUGUUAUAAUUUUUAUUUUUGGCUGAGAUAUGACUUAAAAUGGAUUUUUUUGUCUUUUUGACUUACAAGUGAAAGUUGAUUUAUGUUUUUGUUUUAGCUGUACAUACUAGUGUUCAACUGCUCAGAGAGGAAGGUUUUAAAGAGUUGAGGUUGGAGGACGAAUGGAAAUUGCAAAAGAAUGGCCGAUAUUAUGUUGUGAAGUAAGAUAAUAUAGCAGUUAUGCUUGAUUUUAUAUAUAUUUCUUGCAUUAAUAAGACUUUCAGAGCUUACUCAACCUUGAUUGCCUUCAUCGUUGGAAGCGAAUUCGAAGCCAAGAACGGAUUUGCUGUGGUAGGAGCUCACACAGACAGCCCUUGUCUCCGAGUUCGCCCAAGCUCUAAGUUGGCCAAAGAACAGUUCAAACAAGUGGCGGUAUCAACGUAUGGUGGAGGAAUUUGGCGAACCUGGUUCGAUCGUGGCCUUGGUUUAGCUGGUGUGGUUACUGUAAAGCGAGACAAUGGAAAUAUUGACCAUGUUCAUGUUGAUUUGGGUCGAAAACCGUUGUUGUUCAUUCCGAAUUUGGCUAUUCAUUUGGAAACUGAGAGGCUACAGCCGAAGAUUGACUCUGAAGAACAUUUGCAACCUAUAUUUUGUUGUGAUGAUGGGGAGAAGAGCGAAGGAUGUAAGGGUUUUUUUUCAAAAUUUAGGUAACAAAUUGUUAUUUUUUCAAUUUUAGAUAACAUUUUGAACCUUUUUUAAAAUUUUAAUAACACCAUUUUAGACGACCACCACAUCGAACUCCUAAACCUAAUUGCCAAGGACUGUGAAUGCAAAGUCGAUGAUAUCAUCGACUUUGACCUACGCACCUUCCCAACCGAAAAAGCCGAGCUAGGUGGACUAAAAGACGAAUUUGUCUUCAGUCCAAGACUCGACAACCUGUUGGGCGUGUACACCACGGUAAAAGGCUUGAUUGAGUCCCAAAAGCAGCCAGUAGAAGCCAAGUAUGAUAAUAUCACUAAAGUGGCGGUAUGUUUCGAUCAUGAAGAAGUUGGCUCCGGUUCGGCUGCUGGGGCAAAAUCUCAGGUUUUCGAGCAGGUUCUGAGACGAUUGGUGUUGGAGGGUGAGCUUUUGAAUUUUUUAAAAAUUUUAUGUGUGUUUGGAAAAGUGAUUACAAGUGAUUGGCGAAAAAUGACAUUUUUGAUUUGGAAUGACAUUAUGACAUUUUUAGGCUUAAAAGUGACACUUUUGGAGUUAUAGUGACAUUCUUUAGCCUAAAUGGUUUUUUUGCUUAAAAUGUCAGUUAAAGGAAAAAAUGUCAUUUUUAAGCUUAUAAUGGCCUUCUUAAGCUUAAGCUGACAUUUUUAAGCCUAAAAUGACGUUUCUAACUUUAAAAUUAAAUUUUAAGCCUAAAUUGACAUUUUUAAGCUUAAGUGACAUUUAUAAGCUUUUAAUGACAUUAUUAAGCCUAAAAUGACAAUUAUAAGCCUAAGCUGAUGUUUCUAAGCCUAAAAUGACGUUUCUAACUUUAAAAUUAAAUUUGAAGCCCAAAUUGACAUUUUUAAGCUUAAAAUGACAUUUUAAAGCUAAUAAUGACAUUUAAAACCUAAAAUUACAUUUGAACUCUAAAAUAACAUUCUUAAUCCUAAAAUAAAAGUCGUAACCUUAAAAUGCCAUAAGCUUAAAGUAAUGUUCCAUGCUGAAAUUUAUAAGCCUAAAAUUACGUUUAAAUCUUAAAAUAGCAUUUUUAGGCGAACAAGUGAAUCAAGAGAAUUUUUCCCGUGCCAUGGCUAAGAGUUUGAUAAUUUCGGCCGAUCAAGCUCACGCCGCCCACCCCAACUUUUCCGAUCGCCAUGAACGAAACCAUCGCCCGCGCUUCGACGGUUCAGUGGUCGUUAAGAUCAACGCCGACCAAAGAUAUGCCACUACAACAACCUCAUACUCGGUGUUGAGUGAAGUCGCUAAACUAGCUGAUGUUAAACUUACUGUAAGUUUGUUUUGACAAUUCUAGUGAAACCUUAUCUUUGGAUGACAUUUUUAGGCUUAAAGAGACAAUUUGAGCCUAGAAUGAAUUUUAUAAGCCUAAAAGGUCGUUUUAAGCCUACAAUUAUAUUUUUAAACUUAAACUAAUCUUUAAGUCUAGGGGACAUAUUCUAAGCCUAAGGUGACGUUUUUAAUAUGACAUUUUUUCAGAAAUUCGUGGUCAAGAACACCUCACCAUGCGGAUCGACCAUAGGCCCGUUUAUUUCGGCCAAUUUGGGUUGUCUAACUAUCGAUGUGGGCUGUGCUCAAUUGGCCAUGCAUUCGGCUAGAGAAUGCGCUGACGCUAAAUCGGUCGAUAAUGCCAUCAAAUUGUACUCGGUAAGUUGUUUUAAGAUUUUAUGUUUUUUGAAUUAUCAAUGGCAUUUUUGAAGAGAGAAAGUGCAAAUUUUGUUUUAAAAAUUCAUUUUGAGAUAAAAAUGUUACCUUAGGCGUCCAAAAAUGGAACAUAAACCUUAAAAAUGUCACGUUGGUUUUAAAAUGUCAGAUUGGGCUUAAAUGCCAUUUUAGAUUAAAAAAUGUCACUGUGGUCCUAGAAAUGUCAUUUUAGGCUUAAAACGUCACUUUAGGUUUUAAAAUGUCAUCUUAGGCUUAAAGACAUCACUUUAGGCUUAAAAAUGUUAUUUUGAGCUUAAAAAUCUCAUUUCGUGUUAUAAAUCUCAAGCUGGGCUUAACAUUCCAAUUUGGCUAAAAUGGCAUUUCUAAUUUAAAAAUUUCACAUGAAGUGUCGUUUUUAACCCAAGAUGUCAUCCUUUCACAUUAUUUGUCGAUUUUUUCAUUUUCAGACCUUCUACAACAACUACAGCCAAGUGGCAUCCAAGUUUGAAUUUUAA